UUACAAGGGUUUACUUCCGGGACAAUGAAAGGACGUUCACUCAUACGAUUAUGAAACUUACGCUAGUUUGUCUUUUUAUCCCCUUGAAGACAGAAGUUUGAAGAGCAUUGACAACAAUUCCGCGUCCCAAACGGACUUUAGUUGGAUCUCCCGAUGGUUUAUUUGGUUGUGAACGUGGCGAGGUCGUCCGCGUCUUUACGAAAGCUGUGUGCGGCAUCAUGGACGGGCGUUCUGCUCAACCAGAAUGUCCGCAACCAGUGCGUCAAGCCGGGUCCACCCCCUGCCCCGGCGGCCCCUUCAGAGAGUGGCAGCGGAACCGCCGCGCCCCCUGCACCCCCUACGCACUGCUGUAUGAGCGGCUGUCACAACUGCGUAUGGAUCGAGCACGCUGAGCAGCUCCUGGCCUUCUACAACGACGGCGGUGAGCGGGCACUGGCCGCCAUCGAGGAGAACGUGCUGGACGACAACCUGAAGACCUUCUUGAAGAUGGAGAUCCGACUCCUCAAAAAGACGUGACGGUGCCCCUGAACUUUCCAGAAUGGAGUUGCCUCAAGCAGAAGGGUUUGGAUCCUCUCUAGGCCGGCAACGGGAAUGUUGGCUGAACGCAACGAGGAGACCGCCGAAUACGAUUUGAGAUGAGAUGAACAACCGUUCAUCAUCAAGUCUGUUUGCACUUUGAAAUACGUAUUUAUUCUUGUUGUGAAUACAACAUGCACAUAUUUAUUAAUAAUUAAACAGUGCCAGAUUCAUCUUGUGGUGGUGGUGGUUGUGUUGUUGACAGUUCGUCGCCAUGACAACGUGAAACCGUGGCGGGAUUACGCUACCUCCGAAUAUGACGUGAUGGAAAAUGACAGAUUAGUGACAUCAUCAUCAUUAGGGACACAGGCAGGGUUACGGCAGGUCACUCUGAGCCAGUUAGGGUCCUUUAUGUGGUUGCCCCCCCCCGUUAUCUAUCCCUCCAUCCACCUCUCCAUCUACGACAUGACACGAGGCGUGUCUGCAGUAAUCCCGGCCGUACAUGUAUAAAAGUGACGUGUCGCUGCCACUCGCUCAUCUGCCGUCUUGUCGUCCGACUGUUGGUCACCCAAGCAAAGCAGCACGUGAGUAGAACGCGUCCAAUUUAAUGUCAUGGAGGUCCCGCCAACCUCCCGUUGGCUCUUGGGGGGGUCUUGCACACGAGAUGUGGAGAUAGAUAGACAGACAGACACUUUUUUAAGGUUUACUCAGAUUUUUUUAAAUUCUGUAAAUAUACUUGUACAUUUAGACAAUGUUGCACAUUUGAUUUUGAAGAAUUUUUGAAAGUUGGAUGAAUACUUGAUUUCCAGUUUUAACUUUGUAAAUUUGAAUUAACAAAAGGCUCCCGUAUUUCCAUUUUUUAAAUGCAUUUUUUGUAAAAAAA